CCUUUCUUCUUCUUCUUCUUCUUCUAAUGGAUUUGAGAAGUGAAAACCAGGAAGAAGCUGUGGUUGGCAUCCCCUACAGAUCACCCUACAGAGCUGAGAGACCAUCUCUAAAAAGAAAGGAUUCGAUGGUGGAUCGCUUGAACAAGCUGCGCAAUAAAGCUGAUAGUUUUGUGCAUGGCGUCCGAGAUCAUGUGAGUGUGGGCCACAAUAUAUCAAAGACCGUGAAGGGGAAGCUGAGCCUGGGCGCAAGAAUUAUUAAUUCUGGAGGUUUUGAGGGGGUUUUUCGCAAAAGUUUCUCGGCCGGAGAAGAGGAGGAUUUGCUGAGGGCGUCGCAGUGCUACAUGUCCACCACCGCAGGACCUGUGGCAGGCGUGCUCUUUGUUUCAACGGAUAGAAUUGGGUUUUGCAGCGAGAGAGCAAUCAAGGUUUCUACAACUAUUGGAAAUUCUGCCAAGGUACCUUAUAAGGCUUUAAUUCCACUGAAGAAAAUAGAGGGAGCAUUUUCAAGUGAGAAUGUGGAAAAUCCAAAUCAGAAGUAUAUGUAUAUUGUCACAGUUGAUGGAUUUGAGCUCUGGUUUUUGGGAUUUGUAAAUUACAAAAAAACCUUCAAGUCAGUUCAGAAAGCAAUCUUAGAAAGGUUCGAGGGCAGGGAAGAAAAUUGUGGCGGCGCAGGAAGUAAGAAUAACGAUUUGGAGAUUUUGGAAGGAGAAGGAUCUGCCUGGCAUCAGUGCGGGACGGAGGACUGCGGGUUCUUCGGCGGAACAGCGCGAAGGAGAUUUGCGGCGGAUUUUGCACGACGCAGGCAGAGGUUUUUCGCCCGAAGUGGUUUUGGAUCGGGGCUCUUUCGCAACGCAGGAGGAAGGCAGUUCCGGAGGGCUUGUUCGGCGACGACCGGAAGGCUCCAGUCCUGCGCGAGUUGGCGAAGACCAGAAGGCAACGGGAGUCUUCGGGCGCGAGAAAUGUGA